AUCGAGAGCCACAUAAGCCAGUCCAACAUCAAUGGGACUCUCGUGCCGCCGGCUGCCCUCAUCUCCAUCCUGCAGAAGGGCCUGCAGUAUGUGGAGGCCGAGAUCAGCAUCAACGAGCUGUGGACUGACGUCACACUACGUUGCCAAAUGGGAAAAACACGCAGCAGAUCCGCAGCUGCUUUAUACGCUCAUCCCUGGGUAUGCACCGGGGAUUGGUUCCACGACCUGCCGCAGGUACCAAAACCCGUAGUGCUCGGGUCCCACAGUUGGCCCUCCUGUAUCCGCAGAUGCCACAUCCGCGGAUUCUACCAGCCGCGAAUGGUAAACGUAGUAGUAAAUGUGUUGGGAAAAAAAAAAAAAUCCACGUAUAGUGGACCUUGCCAGUUCAGACCUGUGUUGUUCAAGGGUCAGGGGUACUUCAGGACAGGUGUGGGCCUUGCACGUGCACAGAAGACGCCCUCCCCCCCUGGAAUAUUUUGAGCAGUUCAGUCGAAGAGGGAUCCUGGGAAACAUUUGCCUAGAAUCUGUGGUUCGUGUGGACCCGACAGAGGGCACAGCCAGAGACCACGGAGGACAGAUGAGGACUGUUGUGUUCGAGAGGAUUCCAAGGGAUGGUUUUGUUACCCGUUGAAGAGCUGCAGGGGAAGGGGGCAGUUGUAUCCAUAAUUAUAAAUUUAAGUCACUCCAAUUUGUUUGUGUCCCCUCCCUCUUUAUAGAUUGGGGCUCAGUGUUCCCUCCCUCUUUAUAGAUUGGGGCACGAUGAGUCCUUGGGCCAACUUCAUACCAAUUUUUAAAUGGGCUCUUUUGGUUGAAAACAGUGCCCGUCUCCCCUGUUCUAUUUUGCUCUUGGGAUCGUACUGUGAAGAUGCCCAGGGCCUCCUGUGAUGUCCGAGGCCUCCCUUGCAUCUCGGUCUGAGCCCCUCUUACUUUCACCGCACUUCCCGCCGUCUCUCCUUCUUUCUGCCCUCGUUUCUCCCACCUCGGUCUGGCACGCUGCUCUGCCCCAACUUCCCGUCUCCUGUCACGGUCCAUCCUGCACAGCUGACGCCGUCCACUGCCCACAUGCCCCUCUUUACCACCAAGUGUCCCCUUCCCGGGUCACACCACCCUCGGGCCCAAGAUCUUCCUGAACCCUUCAGUUUCCUCCAUCCCCUCUCCUUCUGAACUGCUCUCACCCUUACAAGCCUGUCUUUUUUUUUUUUCUUUUCUUAACAUCUUUAUUGGAGUAUAAUUGCUUUACAAUGGUGUGUUAGUUUCUGCUGUAUAACAGAGCGAAUCAGUUAUACAUAUACAUAUGUCCUCAUAAUCUCUUCCCUCUUGCGUCUGCCUCACAAGCCUGUCUUAUGCAUAGCAUUUAACUCCACUUUCUCUUCAGCUUUUAAAACUACGGAAGGAAUGUAUCUUGUGUUCUGUCACGUGUAUUCCUCUGCUGUUUUCCAAAACCCCACAUCCUUAAAAACACCUGAGUGUCUGCCUACCCUGCGCUCUUUCUUGCCUAACAACGGGCAGUCUCCUCUUUCCUUGUCUUACGUUGGGUGCCUGGGAUCUUCCACCAGCAACUUGAGGCCCUGUCGCGUCUCUCUUUCCACAAAACAAACAAGUGUGGGGAUAGGGUUACAGGACCCCAGAGGCCCCACCGGCUCUCAGAUUGUGUGAUGCUGAGUGAGAUUGGAUUUCCCUUCCCCCUGCCUCUGUGGCCCCCUGCCCCAGUUUCCACGUCUUUCAUCCGCGGAGAGGCCCCCAUACCUUCUCUCUCUUGGCAAUUCAAAGUCCAGUGUGUCCAGAGGAGAACGAAAGGUCAUCUCAUUUGUCACUUAGGUUUCGGGUAGUUAAAAGUGAGACAGUGUGCUUUUAGAGCUUAAACUAGAAGGUUUUUUGUCACCCUGGGCAGUUACAGCCUUUUGCAAAAUCAUCAUCCACUUGGGGCUUGAAUAUACGAAGAAGGAAGGUGACGUAGAAGCCGGCCGACCAGUUGGUCAGCACUGGCCCCUCCGUGGCUGGAACCCGGGCAGCUGUGAGGUGACUGGCUCCUUUUCCCAUGUUCUCUGUUAUUUUAUGUUGUUUCCCUGAUUUUCAAGUAUUGUAUAGUAACCUGUAGUCAGCUGGGGUGAUGUUUCAUUCACACGCUGUGUUGCUGAAACUUAGGUCCUUCAGUUCUUCCUGAUUUAUGAGAAAACAGGCUAAAACGUGUUUGCACGUCCCGUAGACACACUGAGAGGCUCUGAGUUUCGUGUGAGUGAUAUCUGGAGCGCUUUCUAAGGAAAGAACUCCCUCCUGUGUUACUAAGUGUGUAUGGAAAUGUUUUCAUUAUCUAUGGAAGCCAGAGACUCCAGGGAAGUUCGGAAAACGGGAAUUGUAACUAAACAAUGCUGUUGUUAGAAUAUCGUGGCCGUGUUAGUCUGUGCCCUGAUCCCAGGAAGUCAUUUCAGAUGGUAGCAGACGUGUGUGUGUUAGUGCAUCAGACGGACAGAUGCGUUAGGAAUCAUAUCGUGAGCGGUGUGGGAAUGUCUGAUUUGGGCCUGCGGUCUCCGAAGAGACGCCUGUCCUAUCAAAGGGGAGCGGUUCCACACCUGUCAGAGCGCCUGGGCGGGGUUUCCCACCCUCGGCACUCUUGACACUUGGGGGCCAGAUCAUUCCUUGCUCCGGGGCCAUCCUGGGCCCUGGAGGGUGUGGAGUAGCGUCCCUGAUCUCCAUCCGCUAGACGCCAGGAGCACCUCCACAGUCGUGACAACCAGAAAUGCCUCCAGACUUGACCACAUGUCCCCCGGGGGGUAAAAUCGCCCCCCUGUUGAGGACCAGCGCGUCAGGGUAGCCCUGUUGUCAUGACAGGAAGUAUCCGGAUGCAGGACGGCACGGUGUUCGACGGCCGUCCGAUAGAGUCGCUGUCCCUGAUUGACGCGGUGAUGCCCGACGUGGUGCAGACGCGGCAGCAGGCCUUCCGGGAGAAGCUGGCGCAGCAGCAGGCCAGCGUGGCGGCCACGGCGGCGGCGGCGGCGGCCCCGGCGGCCCCGACGGCCCCGGCGGCCGUUUCCCAGCAGAACCCACCAAAGAACGGCGAGGCCACAGUGAACGGGGAAGAGAACGGAGCGCAUGCGAUAAAUAAUCAUUCGAAACCAAUGGAAAUAGACGGAGACGUGGAGAUCCCACCCAGUAAAGCCACCGUCCUUCGGGGCCACGAGUCUGAGGUGUUCAUCUGUGCCUGGAACCCUGUCAGUGACCUCCUGGCUUCCGGAUCUGGAGAUUCAACCGCAAGGAUAUGGAACCUCAACGAAAACAGCAACGGGGGCUCCACGCAGCUCGUGCUGAGGCACUGUAUACGGGAGGGGGGGCAUGACGUCCCCAGUAACAAAGACGUCACCUCGCUGGACUGGAACAGUGACGGCACACUGUUGGCUACAGGUUCCUAUGAUGGUUUUGCAAGAAUAUGGACGGAAGACGGUAACCUGGCCAGCACCUUAGGCCAACAUAAAGGCCCCAUCUUUGCCUUGAAAUGGAACAAGAAGGGGAAUUACAUUUUGAGUGCUGGAGUAGACAAAACAACAAUAAUUUGGGAUGCCCACACAGGAGAGGCCAAACAGCAGUUUCCGUUUCAUUCCGCCCCUGCCCUUGACGUGGAUUGGCAGAACAACACUACCUUUGCUUCGUGUAGCACAGACAUGUGUAUCCACGUCUGCAGACUCGGCUGUGACCGCCCGGUCAAAACGUUCCAGGGACACACAAAUGAGGUCAAUGCCAUCAAAUGGGACCCUUCUGGGAUGUUGCUAGCAUCCUGCUCUGAUGACAUGACAUUAAAGAUCUGGAGUAUGAAGCAGGAUACGUGUGUUCAUGACCUUCAAGCUCACAGCAAAGAAAUAUAUACCAUAAAGUGGAGUCCCACCGGGCCAGCCACCAGCAACCCCAACUCCAACAUCAUGCUAGCAAGUGCUUCGUUCGACUCUACAGUUCGACUGUGGGACGUGGAGCGGGGUGUUUGCAUCCACACACUCACCAAACACCAGGAACCAGUCUAUAGUGUAGCUUUUAGCCCCGACGGGAAGCACUUGGCCAGCGGCUCCUUUGACAAGUGUGUGCACAUCUGGAACACUCAGAGCGGAAGUCUCGUCCACAGCUACCGAGGCACCGGCGGCAUCUUCGAGGUGUGCUGGAACGCCCGAGGGGACAAAGUGGGCGCCAGCGCGUCGGACGGCUCCGUGUGUGUCUUAGAUCUGCGAAAGUAAACACGAAGUAUUUCAGAAACAAGAAGAGAAUUCUAACGGACCAGCAGUGAAUGUGUGGGGUUGUAGCACUAUUCAAACACGAUUCUGUCAGCUCCAAAACUGUAUGAACUUGACCUUAGAGUGUACUUUGAAAUCAACUCAUCCCUGGCCACAGGAGUCUCUAUUUUUUUGUAAUCUUUAUCAAGAAGUUUAAAACAAAAACAAACACACAGUCAUAUCAAAGGGGGAAAAGAAUGGUUUCCACCUGGAACAUUCAGCCUGGGAAGCAUGAAGCCACCAGCUAGACAGUGCACGGUUUGGUUUCCAUCCAGAACAGGCUCUGAUGGCUGAGAGGAAAAGAAAAAAAAAAAACUGUGCCAAAAAGAAAAAGAAAAAAAAUGCUGUGAUAAACCAAAAGAGGGGUGGGGAACUCCUCACGUGGUGGGUUUUUUUUUUUUUCCUUCCUAAAAAUUUGGACACUACAGUUACUCUCACCAGGAUGUUCAAAGACCAGUUUGUACGGAUGACACGGGCAGCUUUGUAAUCCCAACACUUUCUAUUUUCUAGACUCUUUGUCACGUGGUUUUUCUAUGGGCUGGAAUCCUGUCGUCUGGGGGCCUUGGGUCUGAGGUGGAAACUGUUUUGGGUUUGUUGCUUCUUUGCUGAUGUCGCCUGCCCCCUCCACCUCCUUCCUUCCUUCCUUCCUUCGUGGUCCUGGUUGGCAUCACGCCCUCACAGAGUCUCUGACAGGCGGGGCUUUCUCGCCCUCCCCUCCCCUCCCCCCUCCCCCUCGCGCACUCUCUCCGCCCCUUCCUCAUAGUUGCUUCCCAUCUUAGGUCUCAAGGGCACUUUUGGCGCAUAAUAAGUGCUUUAUGUAAGAAGGCAGGGCAGGGGGACUUUUUACAGGAGGAAGAAAAAAAUAAGUGACUUAUAAGAGAAAGAACCCAGAGUAUUUUUGGAGAAAAAAAAAUAUUUUUAUGUUAAAACAAUUUUAAAAUCCUAAAAUGGCCAUCAGACAUAGAGAGCUUUGUGUGAUUCAUAUUUAAAAAAAAAAAUAAAGUUUAGGAAGACGCAGGCAGGGUCUGAGGUAGCUUUUUCCCUUCACUUUCAGCCUGUCGAGAGGCAGUGAGGAAUCUGUGUGGGAAGGGGCCAGCUCUGGGGUCGGCGUUGGGACUGUUCUACAGCAGAGAGGAAACUCCGGGCCCUUCCAGCUCGAAGACGACCUUGGCGUGUUUCAGGGUGUGUUGACCACAUAGUAGGCAGCAGGAGAGACCUGGAGAAGCGUGCCUUUGGACCCAAGAAGUGUUCCCAGGACCAGCGGCGUGAAAGGGGCCGUCACAGCCGUCCACUGGGCAGGAUGCCGCCUGGCAUCGUUCGGGCCGCGGGGCCACUUGUGGUCCCCCCACCAAGAGCACCUCGGCUGGUCCUUGCACAGCUGACGGGAUGGGCUCCAGGAUCUCACUGGGUCUAAUAUCGACAAAAACGAACAGGGAGAGAGGUUUUCGGUCCUGAAGGUGAAUUCCGUAGGUAGAGUGUCACUAAUAAUUUCUGUCCCCUUCAUAGUUUCUUCCUCUUGCAACAGAGGAGGAGAAAGGUUUUCUUUUUGUAAUAAUGAAUCUUUUUACUGUUUUUAAAAAAUUAAACGUGGCUUUGUGUUCCUAGAGGAGUUUUCCUUUCAUUGGAUCAGGUGACCUUUGUACUUUUGUUGUCGUAACCCGACGCUGACCCAUCUUUUAAAUUAGCAGCGGGGGAAGCAGCGGAAGACGGCCUCUGGGUUCGUCCGUCUUCCUGCAGCCACAGGCUGGGAUGGGGCAGGGGGCCGGGCCCGGGGGGCUGGCGGCAGGCAGGGUGCAGCCGUGUGUGUGUGUUCCAGCAACAAGGCCCGGUGUCACUUAGAGGGUGCUGUCUGUCCGUGGAGUCAAAAGCUAACGGGCAGAGCAGACCAGGCCCUCCUGCAAGCCUCGGGUUGUCCCGGGACCAGCCCCGCGAGCCAGAGUGCAUUCAUCUUCCUCGGAUCAUUUAUGGGCCUCCGUGGAUCUGUGAGUUACUCGAGCCCCGUCUGCAGGAGACCAACACGUGCCCUGGUUAUGUGGGAGCGGAGCGUUUCACUUGGGACCUGUUGCCUAAACGCUUGGCCUUUAAGAAGAUCAAAGUCCUCCAGGGUCUCCACUGCCGUCUGUGAAGAUGGCAGAUGUCCCCGGGCGCACUGGUAACGCCCUGCCACCAAGAAGGUACUAGGUUUGGGGUGCAGCUCGGGGGGGUCUAGACGAACACCAUCUGGACCCCCUCACCCAAUGGAAAUGUGUCACGUCUGCAGGCAUCCGCUGUCCAGGGUCAGGACACAGUUUGCGUUUGACGAGCCAAAGCCUGCUGGCGGGUGAAGACGGUCGGUUCGCGACACGAUGCUCACCGGACGGUCGCACCCAGGGUCUCCAAGCGCCGACUUUAGCCUCUUGGUAAAUCUGAACCAGUUGGGACUUGCCGGGUUGGAGCCGAGGGCUGUGAGGCCGCUGACACGGGGUUCGAUCCCGGCCCUGGCAGUGACCUGAGGCUAAGGAAGGCAGACCGUCCGCGUUCCUGGCGUCCUCGGCCGGCCACUGGGAGGGAGCCUCCCAGGGGCCCCAGGGAGGCAAGACGAGGAGGCAGCCAGCGCCCCUGGAAACCCGUCCCCACUCUCAGCAGGACGGCAGCCGUGCCCUGAGCCGCAGACGCUGCUUACCAGCUGCACCGUGCCAGCCAGCGCUCAGCGGACGCGUCCCUGUCAUCGGUGCCCCGUGGCUCGUGUUAGCGUUGGGCGUCGUGUACAGCUUCUAACACUUGGAAGUAAAAGCCUCAGUCUCGGUGACCAAAUGGGACCUCGAUUCUGAAAGCAGGAGUAACACAACGACUCUCCCCGGGAUUUUCGGUUGGGUUUGCGGUGACUGAGAACUCAUUCUGCGCACACCUGGGAAAGGGAUGCUGCCCCACGGGGCACGUCUGGCCCCACGUGACACCCAGAACGUGACGUUCGUUUUGUCUUUCUAAAAAUAGAUCUUGGAGCCAAGUGAAGUGCACUUUGUCAAACGUAAGGGUCUGCUUUUGUUCCUUGUUGUUUUCCCUUUUAACCUCUGUUCCACCUUUUUCUUUUUUAAUCGUGUUUCUUGUCAAACGCAGAACCAUUCCUCCCGCCGCUCACUGAGGUGAAUUCUGGCUUCUGCGGGUUUUAUUGUCUGUGUCAGACGUGCAGCCAGAUGUGCUUCUGUCCGCGUUUUCCAGAUUCUGUUCCAUCCACACGGCCCCCGUCUCGUGCUCCCCCCCGCCCCUCACCCUCACGCACUCCCAGAAAGAGAAUCACCUUGUGCGUCGUAGCUCAUUUGUUUCAAGAGAGAAUCAACAGAUCAUAUUCAGUGUCUUGAAUAAAUUGCUCUAUUUUGAUAGA